CAAUUUUUUGCUUUAAUGACCAAGGACUAAACGUGUAACUUCUUAAACACGAGGGAAACAAUCGACACUUAAACAAUAUUCUAAGGACUCUAGAUAAUUAUACGUAAUCUAAAUCCUUAGAACCUUCGACACGUAAUCUUUAGAACCCUAAAAACCGAAUACAAACCAAAUCAAAAUAUCUCUCAACUCUUGCGAUCGAUCAUGGAGGCGAGGGGAUAAUGUUGAGACGGAGUGCUUGCUAGGGUUUCAUCUUCGAUAUCUGAAACAACAAUUGUUUACAGAGGCAAAAGAGUCACAUCCGACACCUGUUUUGUGGCGAAAAAGCUCCUCAAGAGCACCGGCAAGGCCGCAUUGAUCGCCGGAAUGACGCUUUUGAUUCUCGUGGUUGCGUUCAUCAUUGAGAUGUACUGUGAGGCUCAGUACUCUUGUUGUUGUUGCUCCGCAAAAAUGAUUUUUUCGAAACCUAGGGUUUCAGUGCGGAUAAACUUGAAGAUCAAAAUUGUCUCUACAUCUCCCUGUGGAGCAGUAGAUGCAGAGGCUGAGAAAGUUCAAGAUCUUCAAUGCCAGCUUGGAUAAAAUGGGGAUUUUGGUUUUGUCCCUGUCAUAUGGUGAAAUAAGCUUUGCUGUGAAUGAAUUUCUUUCUCCCAGAUGGAACAAGGAAAAAUGGUGUUACCUUUUGAACCACUAACAAUUACCUUUCAAGAUCUACAAUACUAUGUUGAACCCACACUGGAAAUGAGAGAGCAUGGCUUCACUGGGAAAAGACUUCAGUUACUUUGUGAUGUUACUGGGUCUUUUAGACCCGGUGUUCUUACAGCAUUAAUGGGUGUAAGUGGUGCUGGAAAAACAACACUUCUUGAUGUUCUUGCUGGAAGGAAAACAAGUGGCGUUGUUGAAGGAGAGAUUAGGAUUGGGGGGUAUCCAAAAGUUCAAGAUAGAUUUGCAAGGAUUUCGGGUUACUGUGAACAAACUGAUGUACAUUCUCCUCAAAUUACAGUUGUCUUCUAGGACGCGUUAGAUAACGGGUCAAACCAAAGGCCGAUGUAUCAUUUGCUUAUCAGUAUUUUUUUUUUUUUUUUGCUGAUUUUCCUGCAAAUUUUAGCAAAAAAAAAUGGAAUUUUCCAGUUUUUUUUUGUUUUUUUAAAUAUUCCGUCACGAAUGCGUUGCAAUUUGUUGAUAUUCCGUCACAAAUGCGUUGGCAAUUUUUUGAUAUUCCGUCACAAA